AAAGCCAUGCUUGCAGCAGAGCAGCUCUCUGUCGUGACAUAGUGCCUGAUGGAGGCCUGCUCAUGUGUUCCGGCUUCAGCUUUACUCUCAUCCGCCGUAGAGAAGAAUAUAUUCAACCUUUAGGAUGCUCAGAAAAGCAGGACCAGAGAGAAGCUGGGUGGGGCAUGGGGAGGUGGGGUUAUUACACAAUAAAUACUCUCAAGACAAUUGAAAUUGUGAAUCUGCCCUGUUGCCUCCUCUAUGGUAAAGAAAAGAAACAAGGGCAGAAUGCCUUUAGAUGUAGUUGGACACAUUUUUUUCCUUGCCCUUAUCAUAAACUAUCUGCAUGUGCAGUUUCCUGCCAAGGUAUUUGGAGGGCAUUCCUUAAGCUUGCUCUUAGUGGUGGUUCCCCUGUGUUGUCUAAAUCCCAUCAGCCCUGCUUGAUUCUUCUGUGUUUUGCCUCCCUCUGCUUUCCAGCUUUUGUUGUUAACAGAGGGAAGAUGAAAAGUCGGAAUGCAGGGAUCCUGCAAAAGGUUUUCAUAGAAGACCAAUUUUCAGAGCUAGAACAAACAAUCCUGAAAUUUCUGUGGAACCACAAAAGACCCCGAAUAGCUAAAGCAAUCUUGAAAAAGAAAAGCAAAGCUGGAGGCAUCACAACUCCAGACUUCAAGCUAUAUUACAAAUCUGUAGUGAUCAAGAAAGUGUGGUACUGGCACAAAAAUAGACACAUAGAUCAAUGGAACAGAAUAGAAAACCCAAAAAUGAACCCAUAACUAUAUGCUUAAUUGAUCUUUGAAAAGCAGGAAACAAUAUCCAAUGGGAAAAAGUCUCUUCAACAAAUGGUGUUGGGAAUACUGGACAGCAACAUGCAGAAGAAUGAAACUGGACCCCUUUCUUACACUACACACAAAAAUAAAUUCCAAAUGGAUGAAAGACCUAAAUGUGAGACAGGAAAGCAUCAAAAUCCUAGAGGAGAACACAGCCAGCAACCUCUUUGAGCUCAGCUGCAGCAAUUUUUUACUAGACACGUCUCCUGAGGCAAGGGAGAGAAAAGCAAAAACUAUUGGGACCUCAUCAAGAUAAAAAGCUUCUGCAUAACAAAGGAAACAAUCUACAAAUUGUAGCCUAUAGAAUGGGAGAAGAUACUUCCAAAU